AUGGGUUCCAAAGAAAGUCCGGUUGACAGGCGUCCUCGUUUCGGUGGCCGACACUUAGAGGUGGAUUCAGAUGUUUACUCCUACAAUGCAUGGGAUGAUGUGGCGUGGUCUGUGGAAAUGGAGGAAGAAGCUCGCAAACUUAUUGCAAUCAACGGCGCACAGAAGCUGUCUGUUGAACAGCGAGGAAAGUACGAGGCCAAUGCGUGCGAGUACUGGGAUCAGUUCUACUUGAGACACGAUGAAAAGUUUUUCAAGGAUCGUUCCUGGUUGGCUACGGAGUUCCCUGAUCUGUUCACUCAAACAACUGAACGACGCACCAUUUUUGAGGUCGGUUGUGGUGCAGGAAAUACGACCAUUCCUAUACUUCGAGGGACUAGACAGAGCAAUAUUUUUAUCUAUGCAUCUGACUUUUCAUUAAAGGCGGUUAAUCUGCUGAAACAGUCAGACGAGUACGAUCCGGCACGUUGUCAUGCCUUCGUAUACGAUGCAACCAGAGUGGAUGUAAAGCUGCCAUUUGCCCCAGGUAGCUUGGACUAUAUUCUCCUUAUUUUCGUCUUUUCGGCACUGAAUCCCGAAUGUCUACCUAGUGUGUUGCAGAACUUAGUGUCCUACCUCAAACCUGGCGGAAAAAUUUUGUUCCGUGACUACGGUCGCUAUGAUAUGGCGCAACUGCGGUUCAAAAAUGGCAAAUGUUUGGCGGACAAUUUCUAUGUGCGUUCCGAUGGGACAUUGGUGUACUUCUUCGACCAGGAUGAACUACGCGGUUUGUUUACGGGUGCCGGUGUGGAAGAAGUACAGAACAAGGUGGAUCGUCGGCUUCUGGUUAACCGGAAACGAAGAUUAAAAAUGUACCGUGUUUGGAUACAAUGUGUGUACAAAAAACCGU